CAGCCCACACAGCUGCCUAGCCCAGAGAGACGGGACAGCCCUGUCCCACCCCCUACUUCCCCUUGCUUCUGCCAGCAGCUGGGACCAUGGGAGGCUCCCACCACAGCGUCUUUCUCGCGCUGUGUGUCUUGCUGACCCUGGCAGGAGGUGAAGCCCAGAGCCCUACAGCCUGUGCCCGGUGUCUUCCAAACUCCACAUGCGUCAAUGCCACCACCUGUCGCUGUCAUCCAGGAUUCAUUUCUGUGUCUGGGAAGAUCAUCAUCGGCCCCUCGGAGCCUUGUGAUGACGUCAAUGAGUGUGCACCACCCACGAGCGUGUCCUGUGGAAAACUCGCAGACUGCCAUAACACAGAGGGGAGCUACUACUGCACAUGCAGCCCAGGAUAUGGGCCCAUUUCUGGGGCAAAAACGUUCAGGAAUGAGAGUGAGAACACGUGUCAAGACGUGGACGAAUGUCAGCAGAACCGCAGAAUCUGUACAAGCCACGGCAUCUGCAUCAACACGCAGGGCAGCUACAAAUGCCAGUGCCUGCCUGGCUUUGAGCUCAAACCGGAGGACCCGAAGCUGUGCUCAGAUGUGAAUGAAUGCACCUUGGGACAAAAUCCAUGUCACAGCUCCACCCACUGCCUCAACAAAGUGGGCAGCUAUGAGUGUCGCUGCCGCCCCGGCUGGAAGCCGAUCCCCAGGUCCCCCAAUGGCCCAAACAACACCAUCUGCGAAGACGUGGACGAGUGCAGCUCCGGGCAGCACCAGUGCCACAGCUCCACCUUCUGCAUCAACACUCAGGGAUCUUACAAGUGCCGCUGCCGCCGAGGCUGGAGGCCAGUUCCUGGGUCCCGCAAUGGCUCAAACAACACCGUCUGCGAAGACGUGGACGAGUGCAGCUCCGGGCAGCACCAGUGCCACAGCUCCACCUUCUGCAUCAACACUCAGGGAUCCUAUAAGUGCCGCUGCCGCCGAGGCUGGAGGCCAGUUCCUGGGUCCCCCAAUGGCUCAAACAACACCGUCUGCGAAGAGAUCCCUUUCUCCACCUGGACCCCACCCCCUGGAAUCAACAGCCAGACUCUUUCCCACUUCUUUGAAAGAAUCCAGGAUCUAGGCAAAGACUACAAGCCAGACUCAGCCAAGGACACCAUCCAGAACCUCAUCAACUUAGUGGAUGAGCUGAUGACAGCCCCUGGGGACAUGGAGACCCUGGACCUACCUGAACGGUACCACAUGGCCACCCACCUGCUCUCAGGCCUCGAAAAUGUCCUGAGGACCCUGGCCAAGACCUUGCCUGAUGGCUCCUUCACCUACCGUUCCCCUUCAGGCACAGAGCUGUCCCUGCUGAUCCAGGAGCAGGGGGACAAAAAUGUCACCAUAGGCCAGAGCCAUGCACGGAUGCUGCUGAACUGGGCUGUGGCAGCUGGAGCUGGGGACUCUGGCCCCACCGUGGUGGGCAUCCUCUCCAGCCCAAACAUGAUGAAAUUGCUGGCCAACACCUCCUUGGACCUGGACCACGAGAAGCAAGUCGAGCUGGAAGAUAUUCAUGAAAGCCCCAUCCGUGGGGCCCAGCUCGAGCUCCUCUCAGCAGUCAACUCUGUCUUUCUGAGCAACACAAACACCGAAAAACUCGACUACCCCGUCAUCUUUGCCAUCUCUCACCUUUCGAGGCCUCAGUGGAAGACACCUGAGACACGGCAGGAACUGAUCUGUGCCUUCUGGAAGGACGACAACAACAGAGGCGGGCAGUGGGCCACCACGGGCUGCCAGAUACUGGGCAGCCAGAAUGGCAGUACCACCUGCCAAUGCAACCACCUGAGUAGCUUCGCCAUUCUCAUGGCUCACUAUGACGUGCAGGACCCGAAGUUGGCCCUGAUCACCAAGGUGGGACUGGUGCUUUCGCUGGUCUGCCUGCUGCUGUGCAUCCUCACCUUCCUGCUGGUGCGGCCCAUCCAGGGCUCGCGCACCACCGUGCACCUGCAUCUCUGCAUCUGCCUCUUCGUGGGCUCCGCUAUCUUCCUGGCCGGCAUCGAGAACGAAGGCGGCCAGGUGGGGCUGCGCUGCCGCCUGGUGGCCGGGCUGCUGCACUACUGCUUCCUGGCCGCCUUCUGCUGGAUGAGCCUGGAAGGCCUGGAGCUCUACUUCCUCGUGGUGCGCGUGUUCCAGGGCCAGGGCCUGAGCACGCGCGGCCUCUGCUUCAUCGGCUAUGGCGUGCCCCUGAUCAUCGUGGCCGUCUCCGCGGCCUUCAACAGCCAGGGCUACGGCCGUGCCAUCUACUGCUGGUUGGACCCAGCCCGUGGCUUCCUGUGGAGCUUCCUGGGACCUGUGAUCUUCAUCGUUUUGUGCAAUGCUGUUAUCUUCGUGACUACUGUCUGGAAGCUCACUCAGAAGUUUUCUGAAAUCAAUCCAGAAAUGAAGAAACUGAGGAAGGCAAGGAUGCUGACCAUCACCGCCAUCGCCCAGCUCGUUGUGUUGGGCUGCACCUGGGUCUUUGGGCUCUUCCUCUUCAACCCACACAGCUGGGUCCUGUCCUACACCUUCACCAUCCUCAACUGCCUGCAGGGCCUGUUCCUCUACGUGCUGCACUGCCUGCUCAACAAGAAGGUCAGGGAGGAGUACCGGAGGUGGGCCUGCAUGCUGGCUGGGAACAAGUACUCGGAGUUCGCCUCAUCCACCUUUAGCACCAGCCAAAAUCAGAGUCGGGCAUUCAGGAGUUCAGAGUCUGGCCUGUGAAGGUGUGGUUCCGGCCAGGCCAGCAGCUCCUGUGGCCUCAGCAGCUUUUGCACAUGCUGAAGACUGUCCUCUCCUCUCCACACCCUCUGCUUCCUCUGUCCUCCCUCCUUGGGCCCCGUGUGCCCCAGAGUGGGGGUGACAGCCGUAGCCUGGCACCAAACCCCAGAACACCCAGCCAGGGUAGAGAGUCGGAGCCACUGGUCCUUACUGCUGCUUCUCUCUGCCCAACCCCUGCUGUGACCCAGGGUGGGGACAGGAGCUGGCCCAGGGUGGCAGCCCAUUGCCCUGGUACAUGCAGCUAGUACUGGGGACAGAUUGAGGGCUCAUGCCCCAGCCUGGCCCUUUCCCCUCAUCUGCCUUUGCUACAGAAUAGGAAAGGCCAGGGUGCUAGGGUUCAAUCUCCCCUUCAAGCUAAGACUGAUAUCAGAGGCCCAGAGAAGGGCAGGGCCCCUCUCGGCACUGCCUGAGGCUGACGGUACAGAGACUUGCCUGCCUGCUCCUGCCUGGGAGUCAGGGGGUUCUCACUGUUUUGAAGGUUGUGGAUGUUGUGUAAAGUGUUUUUAUCUGUAUAAACCUUUCAGUGUAGACACUUAAAAUUAAAUGUUAUACUGAUAGAGAAAGUGGUGUUGAUCCCUGGUGGGGAUUCUCUGGCUAGACAAAGGCCCACGGUGUCCAUGAAAUGCUGACAGACGACCAAGAAGCAUAUGGGGUGGGAGCCAGGCUUCCAUAAUAAAAAUUUAUUCUUACACAAAUCUACAACUUUUGAACAUAACAAGAGAGACCCAUCCGGUGUCUAGAAAGGGGACGUGAAGCAGCAUGUGGGAAGCAGGGCGGCUCCGGGCCACUGAAGCAUGUGAUUAUCGGCUCUGCUCAACUGUAAGACACAGAGGAGGACAGUGAGCAAAGGGAGCAGGGGAGGGUCCCCUGUCCCAGACCCUGGAUCCCUGCCGAGCCACUUACUGUAUGUGGAGAUGUCAAUUUCUUCUGGAAGCUCUGCCACAUUCACUUCAAACCGGUCUUGGACGUCAUUGAGGAUUUUGGCAUCAUUCUCAUCCGACACAAAGGUGAUGGCCAGGCCUUUGGUACCAAAGCGACCCGCACGGGCCACCUGCAGGGAGACAGGAUCGGGGUCAGGGCAGAUACCUCAGGAUUUCAAGAUAAGCAGGGCCAGGGCCCCACCCCACCACCAUCCUGGGAUGUGGACACUAGGGUGGGGCUGCUCACCCGGUGGAGGUAGGUGUCUGAGUCCUCGGGCAUGUCGUAGUUGAAGACGAUGUUGACUCGUUCAAUGUCCAUCCCUCGGCCAAACAGAUUGGUGGCCACCAGGAUCCGCCGCUGAAAGUCCUUGAACUGCUGAUAGCGUGACAGGCUGGGUGCAGGAGAGACAAGUGGAGGCCAUCAGACACUGGGCUCCUGGGCGGUGCUCCCUCCGGCCUUCGCGGGUGGCAUGCACUCACCGCUCCUCCUGGGCCAUGCCCCGGUGGAUGGCGAUGGCCGGGAAGUUCUGCUCCACCAGGAGCUGGGCCAGGGCCAUGCAGCGCUGCACCGACUUGACAAAGAUCACCACCUGCAAGGGAGUGACCGACAAUCAGGGGCACAGAGUCCCCACGCACUAUCCUCCCAAAGACCCAGAACCCUGUGACAGGCUAGUGGAAGCAUCACCUGGUUAAACUCCAGCACGUCCAGGAGAUCGAACAGCUUGCGGUUCUUCUCGCUGUCCUUGAGCUUGACGUAGUGCUGCUGCAGUCCGUACAGUGUGAGCUUGGUCUCGUCAUCCACAAACACCUCCAUGGGCUGUGCGGGAAGGAAAGCAGCAGGGGCGAGCAGGACUCACUUCUGGGCAUCUCAUCUGCCUAGAACCUUCUAGCGAGUGACUCCUUUGCUGCGAUGCUCCCCAAAGGGCCUGCUGUCCCAACCUCUGUAAAUAUUUCUCUAGUAAAAGCUGGAU